ACCAUCACCAGCUUAGCGUUGUUUUCUUGAACCAAACAACAUUUCAGGAAAGCGACCGUUUCUCUCUCUAAAAUUUAUUAUUCGAUCUCCGUUUCUUCUUUUCUUUCGUCAACACUCACUUUCUCGGGAAAAUUGCACCUCUUAACAUUUUCUCGAGAAAAUUUAAAACAUUAUGUCUGACGCUUUGAUCAACGGUCUCGCCGGCGCUGGCGGUGGAAUCAUCGCUCAGCUCAUUACUUAUCCUCUUCAAACCGUUAAUACACGGCAGCAAACAGAGCGUGAUCCGAAGGAGAAGAAGAAGCUUAGUACUGUAGAUCAAAUGUGUCAGGUUGUAAAGCAUGAAGGAUGGGGACGGUUGUAUGGAGGAUUAGCUCCGUCUCUUGUAGGCACAGCUGCAUCUCAAGGUGUUUACUAUUAUUUCUAUCAAAUAUUCAGGGAUAAAGCAGUAGCCAAGGCACUUGAACACAAGAGAAAAGGGUUUGGUGAUGGAUCAGUGGGGAUGCUCUCAUCACUUAUAGUAGCUGCCAUGGCUGGGUGUGUAAAUGUGCUGUUGACAAAUCCCAUUUGGGUAGUUGUUACACGUAUGCAGACCUAUACAAAAGCGUCAAAGAAAUCCGAGUCAAGUCAACCAUUGACAGUUGGGGAUGAAAAUUUUCUGGAUGCAGUCGAGCCUCCUCCUUUCGGAACUGGUCAUGUGGUACAAGAAAUCUUUGAUGAAGGUGGAAUUUUUGGAUUUUGGAGAGGUGUAUUACCAACACUGAUCAUGGUCAGCAAUCCUUCCAUGCAAUUUAUGUUGUAUGAAACCAUGUUGAAGAAUCUCAAGAAACAGCGUGCCUUAAGAAAGAAGGGUGACAAUGUAGUCACUGCUUUAGAGAUAUUUCUUCUUGGAGCAUUGGCAAAGCUUGGAGCUACUGUUGUGACAUAUCCUCUUCUAGUUGUAAAGUCGAGGCUUCAAGCAAAGCAGCAGAAAACUGGAGAUAAAAGGCACCAUUAUGAAGGUACUCUAGAUGCAAUCCUCAAAAUGAUUCGCUACGAAGGGUUCAACGGGUUUUACAAGGGUAUGAGCACAAAAAUCUUUCAAAGUGUUCUUGCAGCUGCAGUUCUGUUCAUGGUUAAGGAAGAACUUGUAAGGGGUACACGGUUUUUGCUUACGAGAGGUAGCGUGAAGGGAGCGCGAUCAAGGCCUCCUUAAUAUAAUAAUCUUUACCUCUUCUAAUUAUUUCUUUUAAGUUGCUUAGGAAAGAUAUUUAUUUAAAUUGACAGCACGCCAUGAUCCUUGAAAUAAGAGGGAUGUCUUAGGAUUUACAUGGAGUAAAAUUUUAGUACACCUAGUCAAUUCUUUUGAAGGUUACUAAGACUGGCAGGGUGAUUAGAGAUCCGUUACUACUCAGAUGUAUCGACCCAAAUGACGCUAUGUUAGUCAUGGCCGGGGUUUAUACUUGAAUCCCUCGAAAGUUAAUGCUACAAAAUGGUAGACAGAUUUGUUAUUGUAAUGGUUUUAACAAAGUUUAAAUAUGGUUUUGCAAUUGCUUUGAGGUAUGAGUGAAGUACCAAAAACUAGCUAAUAUGUAUUGUAUGAUCUAGUCCUUGUAACAACUACAUUUGUUGUAAUAGUGGCAACUUUUAUUCGACGA